AUGGUGGACGACUCCGCCUCCAUCUCCCACCCGCCGCCCUCUUCCAAUCUUCGCCGUAGAAACUCCAUCGGCACAGCUGCUAUCCCCACAAAGCUCACCCUCCCAUCAAAGGCCCACUACAGCUCCAGCUUUCCACGCCCAAACGGCGUCCGCGUUUCAUCCUCAACGUCGUCAUCGUCCCCCCAAUCCUCCUUCCCCAAUGUCGAUUUCGAGCUCAUCUCCCUCAAAUCCCUCGCCUACACUUCCCUCAAGGACCUCCUGCCCUCAACCUCCGCCGCCCAGUCUCCGACGGCUGCCGGCACCGGUUCCGGCUCCUGCUAUGAGAUCUCCAUCCGCAACCGUCUCGUCAAGCAAGCCGCCUGGGCCUAUCUUCAACCUAUGUCUGCUUCUCCGGGAUCAUCCGGCGGCCGGCUCUUUGACCGCAUGUUGCUCGGAUUCUCCAUGGAGUGCUUAAGGAAUCGGGUCAGUACUUGUCUUGGAUUCAUCAACCGCCACAUUUUUUCCGCUAUAAUCCGUGCUUUUGAUCGGAUUCUACGAAUGAUUGGGGUCCGAUGACCCAAAUUGGGCAAAAGGGUUGGGGUCAUUUACUGAUCGUAGCGGCUAAGGCUGAGCCUUUUUGUUUCAUUCAUAGAAUUGAUUCCGUUACAAAGUGUAUUUUGAUUUGCACACGGUUUUUUCAGUGUGACUUUCGAAUUGCAAAAGAAAAAAAAAAGCAAGGACAAAUUUACAUCUAUAAAAGGAGAUUGAUAUAUAUAAAGGGAGAUUGAUAUGUAAUGAAUUUGGAAUUUGGACUAAAAGAAAA